AUGAAGCAGCGUGUUGAACAGAACGAAGCCGACGCGCAAGCCUACAGAAAUCUACAAAAUGCUGCCAUGUCGAAUAAAGGGGUUGACGAUGAGUCCGAGCUAGACGAUAUGUCCAUCGACGAGAGCGACGGCGAAAUAAGAGGAAACGUCAAGAAAGAACCGCAAGAUGAGGGCCUCUUCGUGCCCCAGAACAGAGGGGGGACCACACUUCUUGUCGCAAACGAUGAUGAGAAGGAUGAAGCCAGCUUAAUGACGUGGAAUGAAAUCUCCGGACACUUCGGAGACGAUGAAACAGAAGAGAACACCAAGUACUAUGGGUUUCUCUGCGCAGGAUUAAACCGAUUCUACGACGUCAUAGGUCGGGGACCACCCAACGCUGAAAAGCUGGAACUUGUCCCAUCACACAGGGCCGGAGAAAAAACAUCGCCCGAUAAUCUCACCGGGAAUAGGAAAGUUCUUCAAGAUGGAAAGGGAGACAAAAUCAGAGUGGACGGCGUCAAGGUGCGAGUGGACAUACAAGGCGUUGCUUGGGUUGCAUCCGAAUGCCCUGAAGACCCGAUCGCCCUGAUGGAUCCACGAUAUUGGGAGACAGUAAACUCUGAAAAGGACUCCAAGAGCCAAAAGCGACCUAAGACGUUCCCCUUCACCUCGAUCAAGUUGAAAUGGGUGACUACAGAUGACGACGGCAAAACAACCGUCGAGAAGACCUUCGAGACGAGGUCCACAGUGCGCUCCAUUUACGGCAAACAGCUCAAGGUCGUCCCAAAGACCUACAAGAUUGGCGAUCGAGUGGUUCUUGAAAAGGGAACGACGAUGGCGGCUGCAGAUUUUGCAAUCUUUGCUGCAGCCAUUAUCUCGUGGGACCGUCACGAGAAGUGGAAAAAUGACCCUAGCACAGGAAGGGAGCGUAGUCCUACUCCGGAUGAAGACCUCCGGACCACGACAACCACCAUGCGCGGUCCGAAACGAGCAGCCAGAAAAUGA